GAGUUUUUAUGCAACCAACUGCGUUGAUUCUACAGCAGCAAAUCCCACGGUGCCCUCACAUAGAUAAUCUUACACAAGGUGGAAAACUAGCAGCAAAAAGGUGUCAGGUGAUUCUUAUCACUCCCUGCAGAGAUAGUGAAUCUGUAUAAUUUAUCUCCCUUCUUCACCAGUAGUAACUCUAUUGACUGACUCCACCCAGCACAACACACUGGUGUGAAGAGGAGGAGAGUUGAUGUUCAGUGUAAUCCACAAUACUGUCUGAAACCAGUUGCAGUUUACAGCAAGGAGUGUGUAAUUCAGAGCUGUUCUUUAGCUGCAGUUUCCCUCUCUGAACAAGAGCGCCGUCAGACAGUGCCGAGAAAUUCACACGUAAAAGUUUCUCUUCGGCCUCUAGACCCUAAAGAAAGCUAGAGACACGGUGUUUAAAGACAGCAGCUGGCAAGCGGCACAGUGAGCUCCAGCCAUGGCUAAAAGUAGUGUUAUUCAGGAACUAUUGCAAUACUUGGAUAAAGUUAAAGGGAAAACAUCUGAAGAGCUGCUGUUCUCCUACAAGGGGGUGCUCUACCCUAUUGGAUUGUGCAGCGCUGAGACUUUCCAAGCACUGGACACCAUAGAAUUUAGACAUGAUGAUGUGUUCCUAGCUGUUUAUCCUAAAUGCGGAACUAACUGGAUUCUACACAUUUUAAGUGACUUGAUAAAUGCAGUACCAAAUAAUACAGGCGGUUCAUCAAAAGAACGUAUAUAUGGGCUUGAAUUUGAAACUCCAGAAAAAUUUCAGAAAAUAAAAAAUGCACCUUCUCCACGUAUCUUUUCCACGCAUCUCCUUUAUGAUGAUCUUCCCAAGGCUGUGUUUGAGAAUAAGGUGAAGAUAGUGUUGGUAUUUCGAAAUCCAAAAGAUGCAGCAGUAUCCUAUUACCACUUCUACAACAACAAUCCUGGGCUUCCAGAUAUCAGCUCCUGGGAUGAGUUCUUUCAGAAGUUCAUGAGUGGAGAAGUCACCUGGGGUUCAUAUUAUGACCAUGCUCUUUCCUGGAACAAACACAUGGAUGAAGAGAAUAUCAUGAUAAUCACGUAUGAAGAAAUGAAAGAGAAUUUACAUGGAGGAGUGAAACAAAUAGCUGAUUUUUUGGGGUUCUCUCUGCCUGAAGAGAAGAUUCAGUCUAUUGCAGAGAAUGCCACCUUCGAAUCCAUGAGCAACAAAUCCCAAGAAACACAUGGCAAAUUUGCUCCCAUGCUUUUCAGAAAAGGUGGCAUUGGAGAUUGGAAGAACCUCUUUACUGAAGCUCAGAGCCAGAAAAUGGAUGCCAAAUUUGAAGAGUGUUCAGCGGGAACUGAACUGGGAGCAAAGCUAAAAUAUGAUAAAUACUGCAAAUACUAAAUCUUAACUUCAUUCUGAUGCUACAUUAUCACGUAUUUCAUUGCCUUUCACAUUUGGGAAUGCAUAGAUUCAAAUGAUUUAGACUUUCACAAAUGAAUUUGCAAAAUAAAGAAAUAAUGAGAACUCAGUAAAUAAUGGACCAAAUUCUGCUAUUAGGCCUAUAUAGACGUGACAGAAGCAUUUAGCUGAAUAUGUAGAACAUAUGACUAGUAUAUCAAAGUUUCUGUGCCUAUUUGAGAUUUUUUUUUCUUAAUCUGCCAUUAUUUCAAACUGAGCUCUGCUCUAGAUCCAAACUUUCUGAAUGCUCUG